AAAACCUCUACCCUCCCACCCCCAUGUAGCUCCCAGUUUUGCUCGCAGCAGCAGACUGUCAAACUCAAACAAGUUUAGCUGCCGCCGAGUGACUCAUACAGGUGCGCUGUUGCUAACAAAUGCCUGUGACCGCACAAUAAUGAAGCACAGCUGAUGUGGCAACAGCCGGGGACAACCAGAUUUCCGGAGCUGCCUCAGGCCUUGUUGUUGUUUGUCGCGUUCUAUCCAUGAUUUUGGUGUCAGCCGCUUAGCGCGCGGGUUAACUCAGUUUUUUUAAACGACAAAGGUCGAUGUCUUUUAAUGGAGGAUUUGUGCAGAUAGCGGUGAAGAGAAUUUACGACUGGGCAAGGACAGAACAGUGGAGGUACAGGCUAGGCUUCUCUGCCAUGGGGAGCUCCUGCAGUAAUCAUCUGGGGAUCCCUCCUCCGAAGGGCCCCAACCAUGUGGGCUGCACAGACUUCAUGAUGGACCACACUGCACAGGGCAGCUUCUUCCGGUUGUACUAUCCCUGCCAGGAGACGGAGAAAGCCGAGAAGCCUGACUGGGUCCCGAACAUGGAGUAUUUUUACGGCCUGGCCGACUUCAUGAAAAUCAACCGAACUUGGAGUGAAAAGAUUUUCGAAUACCUCUUUGGCUCCUAUAAGAUCCCCGCCUACAUGGACGCUCCGUUUAAAUCCAGUGAGAAGUGUCCCGUGAUUAUCUUCUCCCACGGCCUCGGUGCCUUCAGGACUUUGUAUUCAGCUAUAUGUGUAGAGCUGGCCUCUCAGGGCUUCAUCGUGGCGUCAGUGGAACACAGAGACGAGUCGGCCUCGGCUACCUUUUACUUCCACGAGAAGACGGAACCCGGGCCGACGCAGGAGAGCUGGCCCAUGUCGCCAUCAGCCUCGGAUCGAGACAACCUGCUGAAGGAGUGGCUGUACUACAGAGCUCUGAAGCACGGCGAGAGCGAGUUCCCCCUGAGGAACAAGCAGGUGAAGCAACGAGCCGACGAAUGCAUCCUGGCUCUGGAUAAACUCACCCAGAUGAACUCUGGAGUAGCAGUGCAGAACGUCCUGCAGACGCCGUUCGACUACACAACGCUGGAGAAUUCCAUGGACCUGUGCAGGACAGCAGUGAUUGGACAUUCCUUUGGCGGCGCAACCGUUAUUGAAUCCCUGUGCAAGGAGGUUAAGUUCAAGUGUGGCGUAGCUCUGGACGCCUGGAUGGUCCCUUUAGAUGACGAGAUCUUUCCUCGGGUCAAGCAGCCCAUUUUCUUCAUCAACUCCGAGAAGUUCCAGUGGGCGGGAAACAUCAGCCGCAUGAAGAAGUUGGAUUGCACUGUCAUAGACAGGAAAAUGAUCACCAUCAGAGGCACGGUUCACCAGAGCUUUCCAGACUUCACCUUCCUGACCGGGAACUGGAUCGGGAAGCUGAUGAAGCUGAAAGGGGAGAUCGACCCGGAGCUAGCCAUAGACCUCUCCAAUAAAGCAACUCUGGCCUUUCUGCAACGCCAUCUUCAUCUGGAGAAGGAUUUCAAUCAGUGGGACCCUUUGAUUGACGGACACGACAAAAACCUCAUCCCAGGAACCAACGUAAUUCUGCUCCAGUCUUCUAUGUGAACACCCUGAUGGGCGUCUCGUGCUCCAGAAUCUCUCCCAGCUAAAGCCGGUUCCUCUGAAUGAGGAGAAUGCGUCGGAGAGAAAAGCCAGUCUACCUCAUAAGCAGGCAGGACAAAUCACCAAGUGUACCGCUGAUUGUAUCAAGAGGCCUUGAUGUACAAAGGACUUCCUUUUACUGUUGGUGAAAUCUUUUUUUAGCUUCCAGGUUCAUAUUUGUUCAGUAAAAACCAAGUAUUUUAAGCAAUUUGUUUGGAUCUCGACUUAGAUUUUUGUCCUAAACUAUAAUAAUCUGAUGCAAACUGGUUUUAAUUAGUAGUUCAGCCAAAUAAAAAGGCCUAAUUUUUUCAACACUAACGCCUACAGUAAGAUCCUAUGUGCUGCAGCUCAGUACGAUUCCUCAUGGGUGAAUAGCACGUACAAUGUUUAAUCGCAUACUGUCUAUAAUCUACGUGUUUUAAAUAAACUUGUAUCAAAUAA